CUUAUAAAAACUCCUCAAUCCUUCUAACAUUCUCACUCUCUUUCUUUCUGCCCUAAAUUUAUCACAAAUUUUCAACUCUGCGUUCUCCAUCAAUCUAUGCUAUAGAUUGAAGUAUUGUAGCUUUCAAGGGUUUUUCCGAUUGACGAUCUCAGAAGUUAUUCCCUCGGCGGCACUGUGUUAAUUCAGUGAAGAUAUGGAGUUGGAGACUAGAAACAGAUCGGUGUUUGAUCGUAUCGGAGGACCAAAACGCCCUCACUUCAAGAGUCAAACAACUCCUCAAAUCUGCAGUUUUUGGCUCUCUGGCAAGUGCAACCGGAACCACUGUAGGUUUCUCCACCCGGGUUUACCCAAACUACAGCCUUCUUCCAGUGACGAUCCCCGCAGAAAUAAGUUCACAUACUCUCUGAAGAAUGAUGCCAGCGAGUUUGGAGUUAAUGAGGUCACCAAGAACCCGAAGCGCGUUUUGAUUGCUGAUGGAAAAUCCAGCCCUGUUGUUAAAAGUAAGGAUGAGGUUAUGAAUGCGAGUGUUGUUCCGUCAUCUGUUACCGAACAUAAGACUGGAAGAAUUAUAACACUCAAGAAGAGAUCAGCGAGCCCUAAAGCUGAUGAAAAUAGUUUGAAUCACAAAAAGGUGUUGACUCUUCAGAGAUCUAGCCCUGUAGUUCUUCAAAGUAAAAAUGUAACUGCUCCAUCAUCCAACAUUGCUUUGAAGUCUGAAGCUAAAAGUGCCGUGGAAAAGGUGUUGGCCGAUGAGAGAAUAGGCCCUGUUGUCCAAAGCAAAAGUGCAAAAGUUCCAUCCUCCAAUAGGGCUACAGAUUCUGGAGUUAAAAGAGCUUCAGAGAAUGUGUUGACUUCUGAAAAACCUGGCCUUGCUGCCCUAACCAAAAAUGUAACAGUUCCAUCAUCCAAUUCUGCCACAGAAUGUGAAGUUCAAAGUGCUAUGGGAAAGGUGUUGAUCAAUAAGAGAUCUCGCCCAGUUGUUCAUCAUCAAAGUAUAAAAGUGACAGCUACAUCAUCCAAUAUUGCUACAAAUUCUGAAGUUAAAAGUGCUGGAGACAAAGAGUUGGCCAGUGACAGACCUUGUCCUGUUGUACAAAGCAAAAUUGCAAGUGCUACAGAUUCUGGAGUUAAAAGUGCCUCAAAGGAGGAGUUGGAGUUUGCUGUCCAAAGCAAAAAUGUCACAGUUUCAUCAUCCAACACUAUUAAGAAAAGUGAAGUUAAAAGCGAGACACCCGACCCCGUUGUGCAAAAUAACAAUUUACCAGUUUCAUCAUCCAACGGUGGUACUAAGUAUGAAGUUAAAAGUGAUCCUGCAAAUCAGACAACGGUGGCGACCACAACAGAGUCUUGCUCUGCUUUAGAAAGUUUCCAGAAUACAGGGCUAACACUAUGCCAAGAUUGGGUUGUUGGAAAUUGCUGUCAAGGCGAUGACUGCUGGGAUGUGCAUUCAUGGUUUUCUGGCACCGGGUUCUCCUUGCUGGCAAGCCUGGACAAGCACCAAAAGGCUGUCACGGGGAUCACACUUCCUUCCGGGUCCGACAAGCUCUUUUCGGGUGAUAGGGAUGGGUCUGUUUGUGUUUGGGAUUGCAACAGUGGCCAAUGUUCCGAAACAUUGCAACUUGAAAGUGAAAUUGGAUGCAUGAUAAGUGAACAUCCAUGGGUGUUUAUUGGGGUCCGAAAUGCUAUCAAGGCCUGGAACAUAGAGGCAAAUACCGAAUUUGUUAUACCAGGUCCUAAUGACCUUGUCAAUGCCAUGGUUGGGGCCGGAGAUGUACUAUUUGCUGGAGUGGAAGAUGGUUCAAUAAUGGCCUGGAAGUCAUGUCCAGAAUCAAGUAGUCCCAUAAUGUUGCCAACUCUGAAGGGUCACACCAGUGCAGUGAUUUCCCUCACUGUGGGAGGCAAUAGGCUUUAUUCAGGAUCCAAGGAUAAUACCAUAAGAGUUUGGGAUCUUAAGACUUUAGAAUGUAUUGAGACAUUGAAUGCACACAAGGAAUCAGUGACCUCUCUGGCAUUCUUUGACAGAUACCUGCUCUCAGGAUCAUUGGACAACAGCUUGAAAGUGUGGGGAACAGCUGAGAAUGGAAACUCUCAAGUAAUCUAUGAGAUGAAACAAGAAAGUGGGAUUCUGGCUCUACGCCGGAUAAACGAUGGAGGAAACAAACCAAUCUUGCUGUGUUCGUGUGAAGACAAGAUUGUUCGGGUGUAUGACUUGCCGUCAUUUGCAGAAAGGGGCAGAACCUUUUCAAAUGGAGAAGUCCAUACACUGGAGAUUGGCUGUAGAGGUCUAUUUUUCAGUGGAGAUUCUACAGGGCGAGUAUUCGUUUGGAAGUUGGAUUGAAAGCUCUUAGGUGUAGAUGAUUAAUACUAUUAUUCUUGCUGGAUUGUCCACUCAUUUUGUAAAUCUCUUAGAGGGUUUCAAGCAGAUGUCAUAAUGAUACUGCUUUUUUACCAGCUGUGAAAAUGUAAAGAUUGAGACUUUUGCUCCUACAACUUCUGUAAAUUUGCA